AUGGUUGAAUUAAAAAACUCCACUUCAGAAAUCACUUUAAACACCGGUGCUAAAAUCCCAGCUUUAGGUCUUGGUACUUGGAGAUCCCUUGAAGGUGAAGCUUAUAAGGCAACUUUACAUGCGAUUAAAGAAUCUGGUUAUUUACAUAUUGAUGGUGCUGCUAUUUAUAAGAAUGAAGAAGAAGUUGGUAAAGCUAUUAGAGAUAGUGGUGUUUCCAGAGAAAAAUUAUUUGUUACUACAAAAUUAUGGGGGACUCAACAUAGAAAUCCUGAACAAGCUUUAGAUCAAUCUUUGAAAAGAUUAGGUUUGGAUUAUGUUGAUUUAUAUUUAAUUCAUUGGCCUGUUGCUUUUAAGACUGAUAAUAUUAAAGAUGGUAAUUUGUUAUCAAUCCCUGAAAAACCAGAUGGCACUAGAGAUAUUGAUUUAGAUGGUUGGAGUUUUAUUAAAUCAUGGGAAUUAUUUCAAGAAUUACCAAAAACUGGUAAGACUAAGGCUGUUGGUGUUUCAAAUUUUUCAAUUAAUAAUUUAAAAGAUUUAUUAAAUGCUCCAACUACCAAGGUUACACCAGCUGUUAAUCAAAUUGAAGUUCAUCCUUUAUUACCACAAACCGAAUUAAUUGAAUUCGCAUUAUCAAAAGGUAUAAUCACUGAAGCUUAUUCUCCAUUAGGUUCAUUAGAUUCACCAUUAUUUACAAAUCAGACAUUAUUAGAAGUUGCUAAAAAUUAUGAUGUUUCAGUUGCUCAACUUUUAAUUAAUUGGGCUUUGAAAAGAGGUUAUGUUGUCUUACCAAAAUCUGUUAACCCUCAAAGAAUUGAUGCUAAUUUCAAAACUUUCCAAUUAAAAGAUGAAGAUUUUAAUAAAGUUAGUGAUUUAGUUAAAUUAGAAGGUGAACAAAGGUUUGUUAAACCUGAUUGGUCACCAUUUAAAGUCUUUGAAUAG